ACGGCUGUGUAAUUAUGGAUGUGAUACUUUUGGCAUGGACUUAAUUACUUUAUCAUUGCAACUAAUCGACUCAAUUGAUAAGGUACUCAAUCAGAUGCCCGUCUCGUUUGUCGCAUCUCAGACUUUGUGGGCUGGGAUUGUCCGGAUAGGCUGAGGUGCAGGACUGGGAUCACCCUCGCUUCGCUUUCGUCGAUUUCGUCACCUCCUGUUUUCGGUCUUCUGGCGAUCUGAGCCUGAAGCAUCACCGAGGACAACGAUUCACAGGGGCAAAGGCAAUCGGGCCCAAUUCCACCCCUAACAAGCAGAUAACCAAAACCGCAUCGCGACCAAGAUGGCAUUAACGCUCCAGAGCGCCAUCAGAGGCGCUGACAAGUCAGAUGCCAUCAUUAUCCCAUCCAAGCCAAAGCCGCUCAUCGCGACGUAUGCGGAUCUGAAGAGGGAGGCGGCGUCAUUCCAACAGAAGCUGGCCGCCAUCGGCAUCACCAAGGGUUCCGCAGUGUCCAUCGCCGUGGUCAACUCGUACGAGUUCAUCGUUUCGUUCCUGGCCGCCUCGUGGCAACGCGGCAUCGCUGCGCCCCUCAACCCGGCCUACAAGCAGGAGGAGUUCGAAUUCUACAUCGAGGACAUCCAGUCGGCCAUUGUUCUCGUUCCCAGGGGCGCUUAUGCCAGUAAUGCUCCGGCUGUCCGGGCUGCCAAGAAAUUCAAUGCUGCCGUUGCUGAGACGCACUGGGACGAGUCCCUGAAGGAGGUCGUCCUUGAUGUCAAGGAUGUCGGUGGCCUGCGAGGCAAAGGCCGGGAGAAAGUCCUGAAACCCGAGGCCGAUGAUGUUGCCCUUGUCCUUCAUACUAGCGGGACGACUUCGAGACCAAAGGUCGUACCUUUGACCCAUGCAAACCUGACCCGUACCAUGAAAAACAUCCAGCAGACGUAUCAGCUCACGGACAAGGACCGCACAAUGCUGGUCAUGCCGCUCUUCCACGUCCACGGCCUGUUGUGUGCCCUGCUAACUCCCCUCUACUCGGGAGGCUCUAUGGUGGUCCCCGUCAAGUUCUCCGCGAGUGACUUCUGGCGGGACUUUAUUACUUACAAGGCCAACUGGUACACGGCUGUGCCGACAAUACACCAGAUCCUCCUCCGAAGCCCGGUCCCUAGCCCGCUUCCCGCCAUUCGCUUCAUCCGCUCGUGCUCUUCGCCGCUUUCGCCGACCGUGUUCCACCAGCUGGAGAACACAUUCAAGGCGCCCGUGUUGGAAGCCUACGCCAUGACGGAGGCGGCGCAUCAGAUGACGUCCAACCCGCUACCGCCCGGCAAGAGAAAGCCCGGCACCGUAGGUCUCGGACAAGGGGUGGAAGUGCGGAUCCUGGACGACAGCGGAAAGGAACUCUCCCAGGGCGCGGAGGGUGAGAUCUGUAUCAAGGGCGACAACGUGACCAAGGGGUACCUCAACAACCCGAGCGCCAACGCGUCUUCCUUCACGGCAAACGGGUUCUUUCGGACGGGAGACCAGGGAAAGAAGGACGAGGAUGGGUAUGUCAUCAUCACGGGCCGCAUCAAGGAGCUCAUCAACAAGGGCGGCGAGAAGAUCAGCCCCAUCGAACUCGACAAUGUCCUCACGCGGCACGAGGCCGUGUCCGAAGCCGUGAGCUUCGCCAUCCCUGACGAGCUGUACGGGAACGAGAUUGGCGUGGCCAUCGUCAUCAAACCGAGCAAGACGCUAGGGGAGGAUGAGUUGCGCAACUGGGUGGCCGAAAAGCUGGCCAAGUUCAAAGUGCCUAAGAAGAUCUAUUUUACCGAGACGAUGCCGAAGACGGCCACAGGCAAGAUUCAGCGGCGCAUUGUUGCCGAGACGAUGCAGAAACAGGAGAAGUCCAAGGCCAAGCUGUAGAGUGUCUCCCGAGGAGGGGUGAAUGUGCAGAAGACGGGCAUAUAUAUGCCUGUACAUAUAUCACAUGUGUUAGGGCAGCCGGGUGGGCCAGAGGUGAAACAUGACUAUACGCAUCAUCAGAAAGCUCAGUGAGCAGCAAGCUGGACAAGCCGGACAGAAUUAUAUGAAAGUACAUCAUCCUUCAUGUGGCACAAGACAUCAUGCUGGUAGACAUCGGUGUAAUAAAAAUCUGAUAUGAUUUGUCCACACUUGUA